UCGUCCGCGGCAACGCCCGGUCGCGUUCGCGCCGAAAACCCCGCGUUUUCGCGCAAAAAACGUCAACAAUUCGAAUUUCAAUUUUCAAACAAUUCCAAACUGCCAGUGCCAAUUUAAAAUUAAAUUGAAAUGUGUUCUUUUUUUUAAUUUGAACGUUAGGCUGUGAGAGGAUAGUGCUGUGAAAUUUUCAAAUGCAGUAUUUAUAGUGAGUGAACAACUUUUGUGAGCAAUGGAUGGAGAAAAUAGGAUUAUUUUAAACGUUGGUGGCAUUCGAUACGAGACCUACAAGGCUACGCUGAAGAAGAUCCCCGCGACGCGGCUCUCGCGACUGACGGAGGCGCUCGCCAACUACGACCCAGUGCUCAACGAGUACUUCUUCGACCGCCAUCCGGGGGUCUUCGCGCAGGUCCUCAACUAUUACAGGACUGGCAAACUCCACUACCCAACAAACGUGUGCGGACCUUUAUUUGAAGAGGAGUUGGAGUUCUGGGGGCUCGACUCCAACCAGGUGGAGCCGUGCUGCUGGUCCACCUACAGCAUACACAGGGACACACAGAACACCCUGGCGAUUCUGGACAAAUUGGACAUCGACAGCGAGAAGCCUUCAGAAGAAGAGAUUGCCAGACUAUUUGGUUACGAGGAGGCGUAUCUCAAUGGGGAGCUGGGGGUAUGGCAGCGACUCAAGCCGAAAGUCUGGGCGCUGUUCGACGAGCCUUCUAGUUCACCUCCAGCGAAGGUGAUAUCAGCUAUAUCCGUAUUCUUCAUCUGCGUCUCAGUUCUAUCGUUUUGCCUGAAGACACACCCAGACUUGCGGGUCAUCACGCCUACAGUAGACCAUCUAGAAGACGAAGACUGGGAGAACUCAACAGCCAUGAUUGAGCUCAGGCCAUGGCAGGAUAACGGACAGCCACACGUGUUCUUCUUCUAUAUAGAACUCGUGUGCAACGUGUGGUUCACCAUCGAACUGCUGGUGCGGUCUGUGGUGGCUCCAAACAUAGUAGACUUCAUACGUUCACCUGUGAACGUCAUAGACUUAAUAGCAACACUAAGUUUUUACAUGGACGUAGUGGUGGAACUAACUGUAGUGAGACAAUACGUUGACAAGGCGGACAUUUUAGAGUUUAUAUCUAUAAUAAAAAUAUUGAGACUGUUCAAGUUGACGAGGCACAGUCCUGGCUUGAAGAUAUUAGUGCACACUUUUAAGGCUUCGGCGAAGGAGUUGACUCUAUUGGUGUUUUUCUUGGUGCUUGGUAUAGUGAUAUUUGCGAGUCUAGUUUAUUAUGCGGAGAAAUCUCAGGACAAUCCCGACAACCAAUUCAAGUCGAUCCCCCUCGGCCUCUGGUGGGCUAUAGUCACAAUGACAACAGUGGGUUACGGAGACAUGGCGCCUAAGACAUACCUUGGCAUGUUUGUAGGCGCCCUCUGUGCGCUGGCUGGGGUACUAACUAUAGCAUUGCCUGUUCCGGUUAUUGUCUCCAAUUUCUCCAUGUUUUAUUCGCAUACACAGGCCCGAUCAAAACUUCCGAAGAAACGACGUCGUGUCCUACCCGUCGAGCAGCCACGUAGGAAGCGCGACGCCGGCGCCUCCAACCGCCGUGUCAACGCGGUGAAACACCCUGUGGUUCUGAAGGACCUUUCUCCGGGGAGUAGCAAGUUCGGUGUCAACGGCAUGAACAUGAUUAUGGCCCUGCAAGCACCUCCAAGCCUCUUGCGGCCACCGACCACAAGCACCCAGCCUCUGCAAGCCAGGGCUCCAAUCGUUGAGAGUCCAAUCAUCAACACGCAGUCAGGAGCCAUAUCCCUAGCGUCAUUGCAACCACCACUGAUGACCGCCCCUCCCCUGCAACCACGACCUGCAACCACGGGUUCCUUAGAUCUGAUGUUACCAUUGCAACCAAAACUAUUACCCGGAUACAACCUACAGUCAUCAUUUUUGUCCAGCACCCUAUCAACAGUCCGACCACCAGAUUUACCCGGUAAAAACUCUGAUAGUUUUAAGCCAAGUGUGCAAGUGAUUGUCGAAAAUAGAGAAUCGAUUUCGGAGAUUUCAUCUCGCGAUAGCAAUAUAGAUUCUAGUAAGAGUUGUGAAAAUUUAGAUAGGGUUUCCGAUUUUCAUAAUAGCGUUAGUAGUGCCAAUGAAAGUGAUGACCAGAAUGUAGUUAAUGAUGCUUAUAAUGCUAGUUCGUAUAAAGAUGAAAUCAAUUCGAAUGUAAUAGAUGCCAAAACUGAAAUUAGUGUAGUUAGUAGCUCAAAUGAUAACAGUCCUAAUAAUAACUCUUAUUAAUGCGUCAUGCCUUGAUUAUUACAGAAACAAAGAUGUAACAUGGCAAAAUGUCGCUGGGUUUUCUAGUUUUAGAAUAUCAGUAUGUAAAGUAAAUAUAAAUAAGAUAUUCAUACAAUACAAGACACAAGUCAUUACAUUCAGAUUUAUGUGUCAAAAAUAUGAAAAAUAUUUUUACUAGCAAAACGAAAUCUGAAUGUAUGUUUGAUAAUUAUUUAGUCACACCAAUAAUAGUUUGAUAGAUUGGAUUGGCGUGAUAUGAUAAUGUGACGAAAUGGAAUAAUGGAAUACUGUUUCCACAAAUGGCAUUUAUCUAGCAAAGUCAGCAACUACAACAGCAAAAUCUAUGUUUUUUUACAAUUUCAAACGUCACUCAAGUAAAUUUGAUUAGAGAUUCCGUUAUGAAGACUUUACUUUGUGAAGAAAGCCAUGGAGUGUUUCAGUUUUUUGCCACAACACAUUUGUUUCUGUAAUAGAUGCAGGUAUAAUAUCAAUUAUUGAUUAGAUAGACAUUGAGUAAACUACAUUUUCUAGUCGUGGUACCCCAAAAUAUUAACAAAGUCUCCCACUAGUUUUAAAUGAAUGAUUUAUUUACAAUUUUGAUGAAUAAAAAGUAUUACUAGUUUAAAUAUUUAUCUAAAUAACUCAGAUCCACGUGAAAUAGGAUUAAAUCUGACAGUUAUUUGUGAAAAACCCGUUGAGGCGUCAUCAGGACGAGCACUGUUUUAAUGCAGCUUGUAAAGUUUUUGAAUAGAAUGUAAUUAAUUAAUACCAAUAGUCAUGUAAGUUGAGGGCAAUAAAAAUACGCCAAAUGCUAUAUUAUUGCCCUCAACUUACGCACGUGAGAACGUGAUCCCGGCGAUGAUUCUGCUAAGGAUAAGUCACAAUCGUAUUUUAAUUGUGUUUAAAUUGUAGUCCUUACCAUUGCUAUUGAAAAACCUAUUGAGAUUUACAGAGAGAGAAACAGAAUUGACCACCAGCUCUCAUACAUUCACUCAUUGCAAUCUAUGCCCAGAUAAACUAUAUAAAAUCUGGCUUAACUAUACGAACUAAGCUAUGUUUCAGUGGACGGUUGGCUUUAAAAUCCAUUCUAAAAUGUUCUCCUAAAGUAAUAUAUGUAAUAUAUAGCAUUUUAUUGUAUAGUAUAAAAGAAAAAUUGUUAAUAUUCGUAUAUAAUUAUUAUUAAUUUAAACAAUCCGUAAUCAACCUUUAAUUCUCGACCAAAAUAGAUUAGUACCUAAAUAUUGUUAAAAAAAUCAUAUUUGUAUAUUUUGUAACGGAAAGACGAGUGAUAUUUAUAAAAGGUUUUGGCGAUGUAAAUUAAAAAAAUGUAUUUUUUUUUUAAUGUAAGUUACAUAGUAUUUGACUAAGAAAUUCUAAUAUUGUUUGUGAAGAUAAAUUCUACAAUUCAAAUGGAUUUGUUAUACGUAUCACACAUGCUUUUUAACUUAUUUUUGAAAAUAAUAAUGACAUGAAAAAAUUCUGGAAUCGAGCUGUUGAGGCCACUGUCCCGGAUAGACAGGGGCGCGGGUUUAAUUCCCGAUCGGUUCCAGAAUUUGUUCAUUUUAUUAUUACCUAUUCACAAAAAUUCUAAAAAAAAUUCUAAUUAUAUUGUUUUUUAAGGGCUUCAAAAUUGAUUGUACAGUUAAACAUAUGAAAGUGAAUACUAUUUUUAUCUUAUAAACCGAUAACAAAACUGAACAAAUUUUCGAAAUCUGUGUUUGAUAUCUUUGAAUAUUUAAUUUUACUCAAAGUUCAAAAAGCUUCGUAUUUUCCAUUAUGUAUAUAUAUAUAUAUAUAUAUAUAUAAAAUAUAUCAUUGACAUCCCACACAUGUGCCAACGUGUCUAGCAACAUAGAAAAUUUAGGUUAUGAAAAUUAUGACUGUUAAAAAUUAUACCAAAAAUUAAGAAUUAUAUAGAAAUUAGGCAAAUAAUUAAAGUAAUAUUCUUUUGAAAAUAUGUUAGCUAUACAGAUACUAAUAGGAUUACGAUAUUUUUCUAAUGUUAAAAUUUUGUCAUUGUUUUCGCUUAAUAUUGUUGUUUAAACUUCAUGCAGAAUGUAUUUCACAGGCUAUGUGACGAAGUACUAUGACUUAAUUAGGUUAAAAUAUUAAUUUCUCAAAAGAAUAUAGGUAUUGAUAAAGAUAUUCGCUUCCAGAGAAAAUUAUAUUUGUUUAUAUAGUUUUAUUAAGUGAAUAUUCAAAUAAAUAUUAUUACACUUAAUAUACCUGAAUGACCUGACCUGACUAACCACUGUGCCGUGCACCGGUUAAGAUCAACGUCAAAUUUGACGGUGCAAAUCAACCUAAGUUCACUAGUGUGUAUGCGAUUACUUGCCAUUAGCGACGGUAGGUAUUCGUAAAUCUCGUGUCAGAUGCCUUUAGGCGACUUGAAUUAAAUCUGACACUGUCAUCUGUAUUGAUUGCUAACACUCGCAAUUAAUACACUCGAAAACAAAGAAGUGUUGGUAAAAUAAUAUAUGUAAAUUCUGAUGAGGUUUGAAAAACAAAGUAGACACACAAUUAAAUUGUACCACAUAUUUUGUUGUAUUAAUAAAAACACCG